AUUGUUCAGUUUGAGUGCACCGAACGAUUUUUUCAGAGCCAUGCCGAAUUUAAUAGAGCGACGGAGAAUGAAAAGGCGGUCGAUAACGAUGAGCCAACAACCAGUUUACAAUAUUUAUUACACCGACGCCCAGGCGAUUCCACAGUUGCCGAAUUUCUCACGCAACCUCCUCCGAACUUAUCCCCAGUUGGAACAAUCGAUUUAUCCCCUUCAGAGGCUUCAGGAUUCUUUUGCCAUCCCUCAAAACAAUCGGAAUUACAUUGCCGCCGAUAAUAACGGCCAAGAAUAUUUCAAUGCCCCUCGAAGCGAUGAAAACGUCAAGAGAACCGAGAAAAAGCCGUUUUUUCCUGAAGAGAGCCAACGUCGAUGUAAACUAGCGUUGAAAAACCGAUCCGCCGAAACUCCUCGUUGUCUCCAUCCACAACCGAGCUCACCGAAGAGCUGUCGGGGCUGUAAAUCUUCUACGGAGCGUCGAGACACUUGCUUCGUCACGACGAGCGAAUCACGAGGAAGCUGCAAUCGCGUAAAUUCGAACAGUCCACACAUAACACUUCCGGCCCAGGCAAUCGGCUCCAAUCACGGUUACAGUAUGAAGAUCCAAGUUCUGACAACUCCCUUCAAGGCUAAAGAAGUUGGUGAAAAAAAACGUUCCAAUGGUGUUGAAUCAACGAGCGAAUUCGACAACGAUUCCUAUUUCACUAAACAGGAAGUUCCGCUCGAACUUGAGGAUAGACAAAAUCGAAUAUGUCCACGUACGAGGGAAGCUAGGAAACGUGAUUCCAUCCUGUCGAAACUGAAACGUAAAAUGAAGAAAAAACGGUCGAGAACGAUCGUUGACGAUCCAGGUGACAGUUCGAGGUCAAACAGUGCUCUGGAAAUCUUGAGCCCCAGGCAGCUCAUCGAAUCUUCUACGAAUGUGUGUUCAUCGAUUGGAAAUUCGCAAAUUGAGCCAGAAAACUCGAGCCCCGUGGCUAUCAACUUCGAAGAGGCACUGAAAAAUCUCGAGGAAACUCUCAAGAUCGAUACGGAACCGACGGAACUGAAGAAAACAUCGAACCAUCAGUUCUCAGGCUCGUCGACACCUUUCGUUUGCGAAGCCUGCAAACUCAAAAAUCAUUUUUACCUUCGAGAUCGAUCUUCCCUCGGAAGAGUACGAAAUUCAAGCAGAUCUUUGCACGACCAUUUCCAAGAGGUUUCCCACAAUUCUGCCCUGCCUCGGAACUCGAUUCCUCCUGAAGAAACACUUGACAAUCGUUUACUCAAUGUUCAUUGUAAUAAAACGAGACGAGACAAACAACUCUUCAGGGAUCAUUCACCACCCGAGAGGGACGAACCCACAAGGUCGUUGGGAAAAAGCACUCAUUCUCAGGGCGCGAACCAUCACAACGGCGCAUGUCGUCACUUUCCUGAUUCUAAUCUUGCCUGUUGUGGACUCGUCAUGUAUGGCCAAGAACAGCCACUUUUUAAGUACGAUUUCAAUAAAAAAGAAAUCAAAUUUCAGGCAAUGAAUUCCGCUACAGUAACUGUUUUCUCAUGUUUCGAUCGAAAUGAGUUGAAAACCAAUGAUCAUUGAUUCUCAACUCGCUCAAAAAAGGCUCCAUCACGAGUCAAGUGCUUUGAGGUACUUUUUUUUCAUAGGUCAACGAAGGAACAAUGUUGUAUGAAAACCAUUCCUGUCUGCGGCACCGUGAGCCAAGGACUUUCUCCAGGGUUCGAUAAAACUGCAUUUCCUCUACGACAAUUUUCAAAUCUUCCAAAUUUUACUCUGACCAGUUGAAAUAUGUUGAUUAUUCGUUGUAAAGAUACGAACUCAACCAUUCACCUUCUUAUCAUAAUCGGGAAUCCCUGCGUUGUCAUCAACGAUAUCGAAAGAGAUUUGAUCCUGGAGCACAACACCGACUUCGACGUGAUUGCAACAAUUGUAGAAAUCGGAAUGAGCAGAAUCUGGAAUUCCCAACAUCACCGGUUCUCAACACGCUGGCAAAAGCUGCGAAUUUGAUGCUUACAUCGAUCUUUGGAAGGACGAAAUCCAGCGUGCACAGGAAAAAGUUAAAUCUACAAAAUGUUGGUGCCAACGGAGACGAAGAAUUUCAUGAGAAGAAAUCUUCAGUGAUGAAUCGAGGAAACCGAAAACCCUCGAUACGUUAAUGUUUGUAAUUUUUCGUUGGAAAUGUCAAGCGAUUCUCGAAAGUUGGCUGGAGUCAAAGAAGCGUGGUUUCGAAUGACAAACGACUGAGUUUUAUCAGUAUAAAUUUUUCUCCUGGCAGCCAUGUUCAAGCAGCGAUUGAAAAUAGUGAAGAAACACUGAACGGAAUUGAAUAAUUAACGAAAAUUUUCAACACGAACGUUUUCGUUGAUAUGGUAGACAAAAGUGGGGAUAAAAAAUCCGAUCGAAUAAACGAAAAAUGGAAAAUCUCUGGCGAAAAAUACGGAAGACGAAGAAACAUCUUGAGAUUCUGGCUCGUGCCAACAGAUGACGUGGGUCAAAUGAAGAUAAAAAUAACUCGUUAUUCGACGAAAGAAGCUUAUUUGCUAUCGGUCAAGAAGAAAUGAUGUGCUUCGGCGGAGCAUUCAGAAAUUCAUAGAGAAAAAGGUAGGCGAAAUUCCAUCAGCAAAUGUGUCGUUAUCAUUUGCAGUAUGAGUUCGGAAGAAAUCGGAAGCUCCUAAUCGUUAAGCUUGUAAUCGCGAAGCCAGUCCUCGUGCAACGAGAGAAAAAAGCUUCUACGUUCGAAAGAAAAAAUGGGAAAAACGAAAACUGCGCGUCAAGCAAAACGCAGCAGAUGCUAUGAAACGGAUCAACGGCAGAUGACAGGAAACGUAAAUAUUUACAUUUGUUCAGAAGCGAACAAUAAAACAAAUGAUUCAGAAACGAGGCCUCAACAGGGGAAUCCUUGUGUCGAGGAUUACGAAACGGAAACAAACAGUUUUGGACAGUGCAGAACGGAGUCAGAUCGAUCUUCCGAUUCCAUGUAUGAUUCUCUUGAAAUGAGUUCGAAUCCGGCUCAAUGCUCUGAUGACAUCGAUUAUCAUCGUGGCAAUGAACUCUUGUGUUGUCGCGGUACAGACGACGAAUUGACUUCGACCGAUUCCCCGACACUUUGCAGCAGUAACGGCUAUUGUUAUGGUAACAAUAAGACGCGCAAACUGGAUUUUCUCAGGCCAAUAAACGGAAAAUGUCUCGGUUUGGAAAAUCGUUACUAUAAAAAUUGCAACAGGAACCAGAAUCGGUUUAUAGCGAGGAAUGAGAAUUGGAGUUGUCGGAAUAAGAUGGCACAACCCCAGCAAAUCUGCUGUUGCCACAAAUAUAAUCGUUCUCCAGAUCGGAAUUAUAAAACCUGGCCAGAACGACCCUGCCAGCAAGAAUCUGGCGUCAAUCGAUGUUCCCGGGUCACUGAAGAAACAGAAAAAACAGUUCACGCAGAUGACAAUGAAGUUGAAGAAAAUAUGGAUAUUAAUGGGGAUCAGUUUACCGAUGAGGGGCUCAUUUGCCAGGAAAAGGAAAAACAUGUUGAAGACGAAUCUUUAAGAUCUGAUUGUAGCUCUUUAAAACAAGACCCAGCCGGUGAAGACAUGGUUGAGAACGAUAAUUGUCGACCACGGCAAAAAAAAUGUUCGAGAUCUGAUUCUGGUUCUUCACAAGAAGAAGCGGUCAGUGGAGAAAUGGUCGAAAACGAAAAUGGUCAACAGGAAGAAAAUAAUUUUUCGAGAUCUGAAUCUGGUUCUUUAAAAGAAGAAGCAGUCAGUCGAGAAAUGGACGAGAAACAAAAUUGCCCACAACUGACUGAGGAGGUUGUUCGAGAUUCGAGAUCUGAGUCUGGUUCAUUAAAACUAGAAGCAGGCAGUCGAGAAAUGGUCGAGAAACAAAAUUGCCCAGAACUGACUGAGGAAGUUGUUGAAAUUUCUUUUGCUCCGAUAGAACAAGAAAAAUACAGUGAUAAAAAUUCCGAAAACGAGAUUAAUCAACAAGAGAGAAAAAAAACUUCAAGAUCUGUUUCUCGUUCUUUGAAACAAGAAUCAGCAGACGAAAAAAUGGUUGAAAACGAUAAAGAGCAAGGAUGGAGAAAAAGGUUGUCAAGGUCCAUUUUUGGUUUCUUAAAACAGAAAACAGCGAGUGAGGAAAUGCCCGAGAACCAAAAUGGUCAACAGCAAGAAAAAAAGUUCUCAAGAUCUAUUUCUGGUUUUUUAAAGCCAAAAGUAGUCAGUGGAGAAAUGGUCGAAAACGGAAAUGGUCAACAGCAAGAAAAAAAGUUUUCAAGACUUUUUUCUGGUUCUUCAAAACAAGAAGCAGUCAGUGCAGGAAUGGUUGAAAACGGAAAUGGUCAACAAGAAGAAAAAAAGUUCUCAAGAUCAACUUCUUAUUCAUCAAGACAAAAAGCACUCAGUGAGGAAAUGAUCGAGAACCAGAAUGGUCGACAGCAAGAAAAACAGUUCUCAAGAUCCAUUUCUGAUUCUUUAAAACCAGAAGCAGUCAGUCGAGAAAUGGUCGUAAAUGGAAAUGGGCAACGGCAAGAAAAGAAGUCUUCAAGAUCUGUUUGUAGUUGUCCAAAACAAGAAGUAGUCAGUGGAGAGAAGGUCGAUAACCGAAAUGGUCAACAUGAAGAAAAAAAGUUCUCAAGAUCAACUUCUUAUUCAUCGAGACAAAAAGCACUCAGUGAGGAAAUGAUCGAGAACCAGAAUGGUCGACAGCAAGAAAAAAAGUUCUCAAGAUCUAUUUCUGAUUCUUUGAAACCAGAAGCAGUCAGUGGAGAAAUGGUCGAAAAUGGAAAUGGUCAACAGCAAAAAAAGAAGUCUUCAAGAUCUGUUUCUGGUUCUUCAAAACAAGGAGCAGUCAGUCAAGAACUGGUUGCGAAUAACAAUGGUCGACAACACGGAAAGAAAUCUUCGAGAUCUGCUUCUGGUUCUUCAAAACAAGAAGCAUUCAGUGGAGAAACGGUCGAAAACGUAAAUGGUCGACAGCAAGAAAAGAAGUUUUCAAGAUCGAUUUCUGGUUCUUUAAAACCAGAAACAGUCAGUGGAGAAAUGGUUGAAAACGGAAAUGGUCAACAGCAAGAAAAAAAGUUUUCAAGAUCUGUUUCUGGUUCUUCAAAAAGAGAAGCAGUCAGUCAAGAAAUGGUUGAGAAUAACAAUGAACGACAACAGAGAAAGAAAUCUUCGAGAACUGCUUCUGGUUCUUCAAAACAAGAAGCAGGCAGUGGAGAAAUGGUCGAAAAUGGAAAUAGUCAACAGCAAGAAAAGAAGUUUUCAAGAUCUAUUUCUGGUUCUUUAAAACCAGAAGCAGUCAAUGCAGGAAUGGUCGAAAACGGAAAUGGUCAACAGCAAGAAAAAAAGUUUUCAAGAUCUGUUUCUGGUUCUUCAAAAAGAGAAGCAGUCAGUCAAGAAAUGGUUGAGAAUAACAAUGAACGACAACAGAGAAAGAAAUCUUCGAGAUCUGCUUCUGGUUCUUCAAAACAAGAAGCAGGCAGUGGAGAAAUGGUCGAAAAUGGAAAUAGUCAACAGCAAGAAAAGAAGUUUUCAAGAUCUAUUUCUGGUUCUUUAAAACCAGAAGCAGUCAAUGCAGGAAUGGUCGAAAACGGAAAUGGUCAACAGCAAGAAAAAAAGUUCUCAAGAUCAACUUCUUAUUCAUCAAGACAAAAAGCAGUCAGUGAGGAAAUGGUCGAAAUCGGAAACGGUCAACAGCAAGAAAAAAAGUUCUCAAGAUCUAUUUCUGGUUAUUUAAAACCAAAAGCAGUGCACGGAGAUAUGGUCGAAAACGGAAAUGGUCAACAGCACGAAAAAAAGUUCUCAAGAUCGACUUCUAAUUCGUCAAGACAAAACGGAGUCAGUGCAGGAAUGGUCGAAAACGGAAAUGGUCAACAGCAAGAUAAAAAGUUCUCAAGAUCGACUUCUAAUUCGUCAAGACAAAACGCAGUCGGUGCAGGAAUGGUCGAAAACGGAAAUGGUCAACAGCAAGAAAAAAAGUUCUCAAGAUCAACUUCUUAUUCAUCAAGACAAAAAGCACUUAGUGAGGAAAUGGUCGAAAUCGGAAAUGGUCAACAGCAAGAAAAAAAGUUCUCAAGAUCUAUUUCUGGUUAUUUAAAACCAGAAGCAGUGCAUGGAGAUAUGGUCGAAAACGGAAAUGGUCAACAGCAAGAAAAAAAGUUCUCAAGAUCGACUUCUAAUUCGUCAAGACAAAAAGCAGUCAGUGCAGGAAUGGUCGAAAUCGGAAAUGAUCAACAGCAAGAAAAAAAGUUCUCAACAUCGACUUCUAAUUCGUCAAGACAAAAAGCAGUCGGUGCAGGAAUGGUCGAAAACGGAAAUGGUCAACAGCAAGAAAAAAAGUUCUCAAGAUCAACUUCUUAUUCAUCAAGACAAAAAGCACUCAGUGAGGAAAUGGUCGAAAUCGGAAAUGGUCAACAGCAAGAAAAGAAGUUUUCAAGAUCUAUUUCUAGUUCUUUAAGACCAGAAGCAGUCAGUGAAAAAAUGGUCGAAAACGGAAAUGGUCAACAGCAAGAAAAAAAGUUCUCAAGCUCAACUUCUUAUUCAUCAAGACAAAAAGCACUCAGUGAGGAAAUGGUCGAAAUCGGAAAUGGUCAACAACAAGAAAAAAAGUUCCCAAGAUCUAUUUCUGGUUAUUUAAAACCAGAAGCAGUGCAUGGAGAUAUGGUCGAAAACGGAAAUGGUCAACAGCAAGAAAAAAAGUUCUCAAGAUCUUUUUCUGGUUCUUUAAGACCAGAAGCAGUCAGUAAAGAAAUGGUCGAAAACGGAAAUGGUCAACAGCAAGACAAAAAAUUCUCAAGAUCAACUUCUUAUUCAUCAAGACAAAAAGCACUCAGUGAGGAAAUGAUCGAGAAUCAGAAUGGUCGACAGCAAGAAAAACAGUUCUCAAGAUCCAUUUCUGAUUCUUUAAAACCAGAAGCAGUCAGUCGAGAAAUGGUCGAAAACGGAAAUGGUCAACAGCAAGAAAAAAAGUUCUCAAGAUCAACUUCUUAUUCGUCAAGACAAAAAGCACUCAGUAAAGAAAUAAUCGGAAACGGAAAUGGUCAACACCAAGACAAAAAAUUCUCAAGAUCAACUUCUUAUUCGUCAAGACAAAAAGCACUCAGUGAGGAAAUGGUCGAAAUCGGAAAUGGUCAACAACAAGAAAAAAAGUUCCCAAGAUCUAUUUCUGGUUAUUUAAAACCAGAAGCAGUGCAUGGAGAUAUGGUCGAAAACGGAAAUGGUCAACAGCAAGAAAAAAAGUUCUCAAGAUCUUUUUCUGGUUCUUUAAGACCAGAAGCAGUCAGUAAAGAAAUGGUCGAAAACGGAAAUGGUCAACAGCAAGACAAAAAAUUCUCAAGAUCAACUUCUUAUUCAUCAAGACAAAAAGCACUCAGUGAGGAAAUGAUCGAGAAUCAGAAUGGUCGACAGCAAGAAAAAAAGUUUUCAAGAUCUAUUUCUGGUUCUUUAAAACCAGAUGCAGUCAGUGGAGAAAUCGUCAAAAAUGGAAAUGGUCAACAGCAAGACAAAAAUUUCUCAAGAUCAACUUCUUAUUCGUCAAGACAAAAAGCACUCAGUAAAGAAAUAAUUGAAAACGGAAAUGGUCAACAGCAAGAAAAAAAGUUUUCAAGAUCUAUUUCUGGUUCUUUAAAACCAGAAGCAGUCAGUGGAGAAAUGGUCGAAAUCGGAAAUGGUCAACAGCAAGAAAAAAAGUUCUCAAGAUCUUUUUCUGGUUCUUUAAGACCAGAAGCAGUCAGUGAAGAAAUGGUUGAAAACGGAAAUGGUCAACAGCAAGACAAAAAAUUUUCAAGAUCAACUUCUUAUUCAUCAAGACAAAAAGCAUUUAGUGAGGAAAUGAUCGUGAACCAGAAUGGUCAACAGCAAGAAAAAAAGUUCUCAAGGUCUAUUUCUGAUUCUUUAAAACCAGAAGCAGUCGGUGGAGAAAUGUUCGAAAUCGGAAAUGGUCAACAGCAAGAAAGAAAGUUCUCAAGAUCAACUUCCAAUUCAUCAAGACAAAGAGCACUCAGUGAAGAAACGGUCGAGAAACAAAAUAGCCGACAUCUGACUGAGGAAGUUGUUAAAUUCCCUUCUGUGUCCAUGGAACAAGAAGAAGCCAGCAAAAAAAUUUCCGAAAACAUGAGUGGUCGACAACAGCGAACAAAAUCUUCAAAAUCCUCUUCUGGUUCAUUAAAACAAAAAACAAUCGGUGAAACGGAGGAAAAAAAAUUCGACAUGCAACCGAGCGACAAAAAAUUUUCAAGAGUAAUAGGUUUGCAAAACCUAUUCAGUAGAAAUUCUCGAAAAUCUUAUUGCCGUAAAUUUUGUGGAUGUGAACAUCCUAGCAUCCUCGAAGAGGAAAGCAACAAUCAUGGUGGUGACGAGAAAACACCCGUACGAAUAUUAAUUGCUGUGGUUAAUCAGCCUAUCCUUGAAAAUUACACUUCUCAGUUACAUAGAGAGCAAUCGGAAAAAAAGCCUUCAAGAUUGACUUCUAGUUCAGGAGAACAACAAGCGGUCAGUGAAAGAACAAAUUCCAUCUUCCAGCGAUCUAUGAGCAAAGCCAUGACUAUGGUGAAAAUAAUGGGAACUGAUAACGCAAGAAGUAUCUCUCGUGAGGAAAAAAAUGAAGAACCGAUUCUUGCGGAAAGAAAGCUCAAUGAAAAUGAUAAUGAUUCAACGAGCUCGAGAAAAGAAAGAAACAUUGACGGUUCUACGGAGAUGCGGCCAUCGUUGAUCGCACCUCGUGGAAGUCCAACGAUUGCGAGGCCACCGGAAACUUCCGGUUCCACAGCUGACCAAUCCUCGUUAGUCCUCAAAAAAAUAGGAAAAGUUCCGUGGCAUGACACUAAGGAAAGUCGAUCCAAAACAAAAUUGGCUAUAGCCUUAACGCGCAAAAGACAUUCAGCAGGAACGAAAAGGUGGCCGCAGAAGGUUCGAUCGAGCGAACAUGAUACGGAGUCAAAAGAGGAUCAAUCCGAUUACGAAACAUCGAAACAACGCACCUCAUCCGGACUUCUUAAAAGUACAGAAGACUUGACAGAAAGAGAUCCUGACGCAGAAGGAGGCGAACCAGAAGCGGAAGAAACAGAAGCAGAAGAAGCGGAAGCAGAAGAAACAGAAGCGGAAGCAGAAGCAACAGAAGCGGAAGCAGAAGAAACAGAAGCAGAAGAAACAGAAGCAGAAGAACCACAAGCAGAAGAAACGGAAGCAGAAGAACCACAAGCAGAAGAAACAGAAACAGAAGAACCACAAACAGAAGAAAUAGAAGCAGAAGAACCACAAGCAGAAGAACCACAAGCAGAAGAACCACAAGCAGAAGAAACAGAAGCAGAAGAAUCACUAACAGAAGCUCCAAAAGCAGAAGAACUAAAAACAGAAAAACCAAAAUCAGAAGAACCAAAAGCAGAAGAACCAAAAGCAGAAGAACCAAAAGCAGAAGAACCAAAAGCAGAAGAACCAAAAGCAGAAGAACCAAAAGCAGAAGAACCAAAAGCAGAAGAACCAAAAGCACCAGAACCAAAAGCAGAAGAACCAAAAGCACCAGAACCAAAAGCAGAAGAACCAAGAGCACCAGAACCAAAAGCAGAAAAACCAAAAGCAGAAGAACCAAAGCUUCCCACUGAAUAUAAAAGUGCUACGACCGUGCGCCCCAAGAUGGAAGAAAAUUUCUACCCACAGGGCGGUUUUCGACAGCAAAUUUAUAAUUGCUGUUGUUCAAGAGAGUGUGGAACAUCAUACCAGAUGAUGUCGCCAGACUGUCCCUCGCCUUCAAAGAUUCAAUCAUUCCCCACGCCUCAAACCCACACAGUUUGCAACGGAGAAAGACAAAAAUCAAUGAUCUGCGUUUACUGCGACAAUUCACGACGAAAUUGCGUCUGCAGCGUCCCCAUUCGGAAGUGUUCCCAAUGUGGCUUUGCAACUGUUAGUAAAGAAAAUCUAGCAUUUUCCGUAAGCACGUGGAAACCCAGACGAAAUGUUGCACAAUGUUUUUCAAGGUCACCCGAAAUCGUCAAUGACUUUUCAUGCCAAAAUUCCUCUUGUUGGGAAAAUCCCCAACCGUGCGGGAUGAGCGCACUUCCUUACCAAAAUACCAAAGUCUUUUCCAUUGUUUUGGACGAACUUGAACAGAAAAUCAACGGUCGGGGAUACUGCAACGUUUGCAAAAAAGCUCCGUGUCGAUGUCCCUGCGACGUGAGACCCUGUCUGAGGACAAUCUCGGAACACCAUAGUUGCGAACGGUCUCGAGAAAAGUCACGACAAAGAUUGAGAAGCCGUUCACCGAUCUGUGGACGAGUCUCGAAGAGGAUCGCUAGCCGACGAAGGAGUGCGAGAGAAUCGAGACGCGUGAAAAUUUGUGGCAGGUGUGAAAGCUCCCCUUGUCGAUGCGGCAAAACUCGUAAAUCAUCGGAAAAUAAUCGACGGUCACAGUUUUGUCGCUGCUCAAGAUCGCCCUGCAUCUGCAGAUCGGUGAACGAAGUCAGGAAUUCGCGGCCAUUUCGGAGGUGUGAUUCAUCGAAUCGAGGAAGAAAAGAUCGUUCGAGGGAGAAAAAAAACAAAAGAAGGAUUUACGGCGAGGACAAUGUGUAUGGCGCUACUGGGUCAAGCCGCUUUGUGUCUAGUCCAGAAAGCCAUCGACGAAGUAGGAAAAGCUGUUAUCUUCCGAAUCGAAAUGCCGGCAGAUCGAAACCGAGUGAACGAUUCCGUUAAGGAAGUUCGCAUUAUUCAUUCUUUCUUCGCUCUUCCGUUAUUCCAGCAGGAUUUUUAUUUCCAAUGAAACUUCAAAGCUGCAGUGAAUAUAGAGUAAAAAAUGUAGGAAUUUGUAGCGUCGUAAUUAAGUGUAAUUAAAAAAAGUGUGUUUCAAGUUUAUCAAAACUCGUCAACUGAAAAUGCUAUUAAAUCAUACGCAAAAGAU